AACAUCAGAGAGCGGCUACAGGCAUUUGUUGCCCUUGAAAUUGCGUUGCUGGUAUCCCUCUGCUCUUCUGACCGUCACAUCUGUUCCUAUGCAAUCAGAUGCCUUGGAUAUCUCUGUAUAGAAGGAGAGCUGACGAUGGAAGAAGAAGAACCACAGCUCAAUCAGAUCACUCUCUUGUGUAAUCUUCCGAUCUACACUGACCUUGCAGACGAAGACAAGGUGUUUAUUGGGCGAAAGGCUCAGCAAAAGAGUAUUAGGAAAUACAUGAGAAUGAUCACACGCCACACGCCAGGAAACCUAGCGGCAUGGGAAGAGGCUUGGAAACGCUGGAAGGUCCUGACACAGACCGUAAGUCGCUUUUCUGAGGAUGGUUCCGAAGCUUCAAAUGAGAGAAAACACGUUGAGUGGCAAAACUAUACUGGCUUUUUGGCGGCCCUGGGCGGAUGUUGUUUGGCAACUGAUUCGGAUUAUGGUAAUGACCCUGCUGGACGUACACGGUCGUUAGAACAGUCGCAAAUGAACGCACGCCGAAUCUCGGCCCCUAGUGAGCCCUCUAUACUUGCCGACAAGUUUAUGAAAGACAUGGUUGAUUUGUUGGUUUCUGAAAAUGUUUUUAUUCGUGAGGGUGUCAAGGACACACUUGGAAAUGAUCUUUCGCCUGCGCUUUACGCCAUAUUGUUCCGAUAUCUUGAGGACGCAAUGGCCAAAUGUUUUGAUUCAACAGGAGAAGCAAUAUGUGGUGCACAGUCUACGCUGUUUGUAGAACAAGCUGUCCUGGUGCUCAAGAUGAUUUUGGAUCGUUUGGCAGAACCCGGAGAUUCUUUGUUGAAUAUUGAUUUCAGUACACUCAUUCAUCAGUUUGCAAAGUAUCUCAACAAAGUUCCAAGCAACUAUGUUGUACUUCGUAUCAAGAUCAAGAUUUGUCAUUUAGUUGAAGCUUUGAUGGCUAAGAAAGAACAAAUUGUCAUCAGAACCGAGAUUAAGCUGCGAAACAGAUUGCUGGAAAUCAUUGUUGAAUGGACAAGCGAUUUCUCACUGGUAGGUUUUUUUUUAAAACAAAAAGGAAGAAGCAAACCAGAGGGAUAUAUCGGUUUAGAAGAUGUGCUUCAAAAUGACAAACUUAACCGAGAUCUUGACCAUGCUUGUCUCAAGGCCAUUGUCGGUCUUCUUCAUCAGCUUCCUUUACAGCCUUCAGAGAAUGGAAGACAGGGUGACCCUUCACAAUUGAAGAGUCGCUUGUUUUACAAGUACUUUUCGUUUUUCCUGAAGCUUUUGAACCGAUAUCGUUUAAGCGAGAUAGAGACCGGUAGCCCUGAGAACUAUCAUGAAUGGGCACAAUUAAAAGAAUAUACCAUUCUGGCAAUGUCGAAUCUGUUGAGCGCCAACAUUGACGCUGGACUAAAAUACUCGCUAUCUAUGGGAUACCAUGAGGAUGUCCGGACAAGAACUGCAUUUAUGCAAGUCUUGACAAACAUAUUGAACCAAGGAACCGAGUUUGAGACACUAGCAGAGAAUGUGAUGACAGAUCGCUAUGAAAAGCUUGUAGAUAUGAUUGUGGUGGAUGAUAUGGAUUUAGCAAUGUCUCUUUGCGAUGUUAGUCCCGCUACAGAAGCAUCCGAGAUUGCGGAAGUUCUUUUACUCUGUUUUGACUCCCGCCAAAAGACUGUUCCAUUUUUAACGGCCUUGAUCAAAAAAGAAGUAGACAUGACAGAGCAAGAAUCUACGCUUUUCCGCGGUACUACCAUGCCCACUCGUAUUCUAUCAAUGUACGCAACCAUGACAUGUAUCGACUAUAUCCGCAUCACACUUCAGCCUGCGAUGGAAGCCAUUAAUAGCUUGGGAGACUCAGAACUCACUUGGGAAUUGGAUCCUCAAAAGAUGGGUCCUGAUGACGAUGCUUCUAGAAACAAGAGGAACAUUGUAAAUGCCACAGAGCUCUUGCUAAAGGCAAUUUGUUCAUCUGUACCAAAUGCUCCAAGAGCAUUCCGACAAGAACUCUGUCUUAUUGGAGAAGCAGUUCGUGAACGGUAUCCUGAAUCGAAAUACAUGGCAGUAGGAGGAUUUGUCUUUUUACGUCUAUUUGCACCUGCAAUCUUGACUCCAGAGCAUGCCGGAUUUUCUAAACAAGCCUUACCUCGCAACAAGAAUGUUGCCAAGAUACAGCUUCAGGCCACACGUGUGAUGCAGAACUUGGCCAACAAUGUUUUGUUUGGAGGAAAGGAAACCCAUAUGAUUGUGUUCAAUGACUUUUUGACAAACAACAUCUAUAAUGUUACCAAUUUCCUUCGUCUGAUAUCAACCGUGUCGCCUGAUGAUGGCAAGGAAGACCAGAAUAACAGUAUACGGAUGGAUGAAGCAAGUUUUGUUAGGAUGCAUAGGGUACUUGCGGACAAUCUGGAGCGUAUGUCGAGAGAUCUGGCUGGAAGAAAAUCUAGCGAUUCGUCAAAUACGUUUUCUAUACUUGAAAGAAAAAAGACAAUCGACAGAUUAACAAAUCUGCUUGGCCAACUUGGUCGACCUUCCGAGGCCUCUCAUACUGAGCAGUUCAUAGCUCGAAAUUAUGCCUUCACAAACAACAAUCAUUAUUACAGUGAAUUUGUCCGUCGUAAUAACCAUCGUGAUCUUGCUUCAAUCAGCUCUAAGAACAUAUUUUUCCAAGGCGGUUCGAGUAAAGGAGGACACCCGGUAUUCUACCUCAUUGCCCGAAAUGUGGAUGCAGAAACCUGUGAUUUUGAGUUGUUGAUAUACUAUAUGCUAAGAGUAAUGGAACCAUAUCUCAAUCAUCCUUUCGAGUUAAUUCUUGAAGUGACCCAAUUCAAGUCAUCGAACGAGAUUCCUCCCAGCUGGAUGACACAGUUCUUCAAGCUUGUCUUUAGUGAAAUGAACGAUUACCUUGUCACUCUUUAUAUUUACGGUCCAAACCAGCACCUCACACGCUAUCUAAAAAAGGUUCCUCGUGCGCUUAUCAACAAGCUUGUCAAGAGAACUCGUUUUAUAUUGGGACUUAGUGAGCUACAUGAACACAUUACUCCUUCCGAAGUAAGACUUCCAAAACUGACAACUGAUAUGGAAGAAGAGAAAACCACUGUAUUUUUCCCUGUAACAAGAUUAACAAACUUGAAAUCAGCUGUGCCAGUUAUUGUUAAGGUUGGACAGCUAUAUGUUCACAUAAUCACAGUUCGAAAACAGGAGAUCGUGUACAAUCUGAACAGUCAAAUGAAGGAAGUGUACCAUAUAUCAGAGUUUGAAGACAUGAUUGCCACCUCGUCAUCAGGAAGUGAAAAUGGAGGCGAUAUAUCCAUAAAGUACGAUCACGGAAAGGCAACCAUGGUUCUCUCUUCGCCAAAACGUGAUUCUUUACUUUCUCUUCUUCGCUACAGAAAACAGCGUUAUGAAACAUCAAAGCCUGGGGGAGGGAAUGAGCGUGCUAUCAGACCUAGUGAUGUGCCAGGACGUCUGCUAAACAUGGCCUUGCUUAAUAUUGGCAGUGAUGAUCCUGUGCUGCGUCUGUCUGCCUAUAAUUUGCUAUAUUCCCUCAGCUUGUCAUUCAGAUUUGACAUUGGAAAUCAGCUCUUGAACGUAAAAGAUUUAUGCAUUCCCACCAACAGUUCCGACUUUAUUAUCAGUAUCAGUGAAAGCCUGGCCAGUACUGAGUCUCACUUAACUCUCGAGUUUAUCAAUGAAUGUUUUGUUGGAUUUAACAAGUCAAACGAUGGCAUGAGACAACUGUGCUUGGAUUAUAUGGCUCCGUGGCUUAAAAACUUGAGCAUAAUGGGACGAGGAAUCAGUGGAGAAGGUUCCAAGAAUGCAUCAAAGACAAGAGACGUACUAAGACUUUUAAUCGAAAUGACUGUCAAGCAAGUAGACAUGUACAAACACAUACAAGCUAAAGUGUGGAAGACUUUGGCUCAGGUUGAUAGCAUGAUAGAUCCAAUUCUUGAUGCGUUUGUAAAGUACUCUGUAGACCAUGGUGUAGGAUCUCUUCAAGCAGAAUCUAUGGCUGAUACUUUUGUUACCAUGACAAGUGUCACCGUACGUGGAAAGGUUGUCAGUAGACUACGCAAGAUAAUACAAUAUACUUCUACAGACCCUUGUGAAACUCUCGCAAAACAUCCUGCAUGGCCCGAGAUUUCUGUUCUCCUUCGAUUCGUUCUUAUGCUUUCUUUCAACAAUGUUGGCCCUGUAAAACCAUACCUUCCCGAGAUUUUCCAUAUUGUCUCUUUGCUGGCAGCUACGGGAUCAAAUUUUGUGCGUGCGUCUGUACAUGAACUCGUUGUAAAUGUCAUCCACACUCUGUGCACUGGAAUGCCAAUUGGCGAAGAGAGAAUGAAGAAACUUCAUUUCUUGCUCAACGACGUGUGCGAGAGUAAGAACCGUGUCUACUUUGGACUGACCAAGCACCAUGCCAAGGCUUUUACGAUUACACAAGAUACUAUGCAUGAAUUAUCAGAAACUAUCAACUUGUCCUCUCUUGAGAAUAUUGCUCGUAUUUUGUUGGAAGCACUGAACAUUGGUGCACCAUCCACAGAUGUUGCAAAUAUGUGGAGAGCGCGCUGGAUGGGUCUUGUUGUGAGCACCGCAUUCCAGUUUAACCCUGCGAUCCAGCCCAGAGCAUUAGUUAUCCUUGGUUGUCUGGCUCAAGAUGAAGUUGAUGAUGAUCUGAUUUACCAGAUUCUUGUCGCUCUACAGGGAGCAUUUACUAUAUUUAACUCACUUGAUUCAAGCUUGAUGAUCAGUAUCAUGAUGUGUCUCAGAAACAUAAUCGACAAUCUGCCAGCCGAUUCUCGUUAUUUACUUCCACUUUUCUGGCUUGCAGUUGCACUCGUUCAGAUGAGCUUCCCUGCCACAUUCUCUACCGCAGUUGAAUUUUUACAGUCGGUUUUACGUGCACUCGAUGCCCGUAAGAUGUUCCAGAAUCGUGGUAUGGUUGAGGUCCUUCUAGAGGCUCGUAAGCCAUUUGCAGAUAUUGCACACCAGCUUGAUGUCAUGAGCGGCGUCAGCUUCGAAAGUCAUUUCUCGUUUGCAGUGGCUGGAAUUCUGCUCAAGGGAAUCAAGAACUGUGACCCUAAAGACAUCGUUUUCCAAUGUUUGACUACAUUUUUGGAGAUC